AUGGAUCGCAGCAAGAACAACAGCACCGAGUUCGGGCACAACGCAGCGGCCACAAAUGCUGCAACAGCCUCAGCAGCUCCCUGGACCAAUAACAAGGACUCGCCGAACAAUGAGGACGACUCAAAUGAGGACGACGGCGAUAAUGCGACACCGGCCAAGGUGACCGAUCCCCUGGCACCACGUCUCACCAACAACGAGCGUGUUUUAGUAGUUUCGGUCACAGAAAGACGUCGCGAAACGUGGGGCCAGAAGGCCGAGUUUUUAUUGGCCGUCAUUGGAUUUGCUGUUGAUUUGGGAAAUGUCUGGCGGUUUCCUUACAUUUGUUAUCAGAACGGUGGUGGUGCAUUCCUCAUACCCUACUGCGUGAUGCUUAUCUUUGGUGGCCUGCCCCUCUUUUACAUGGAGUUAGCCCUUGGCCAGUUUCAUCGUUGCGGCUGCCUCAGUAUUUGGAAGCGAAUAUGUCCGGCGCUGAAAGGUGUUGGAUAUGCAAUAUGUCUUAUCGAUAUUUAUAUGGGCAUGUACUACAACACCAUUAUUGGCUGGGCCGUCUACUAUCUGUUUGCCUCAUUUACCUCAAAACUUCCAUGGACGUCCUGCGACAAUCCCUGGAAUACGCAAAAUUGUAUGCCAGUCACGAGCGAAAACUUUACUGAGCUGGCCACAUCGCCGGCCAAGGAGUUUUUCGAACGAAGGGUCCUGGAAAGCCAUAAGGGCAAUGGCCUGGACUUUAUGGGACCGGUGAAACCAACAUUGGCUUUGUGCGUAUUUGGUGUCUUCAUCUUGGUGUAUUUCUCCCUAUGGAAAGGAGUACGGAGUGCAGGAAAAGUGGUUUGGGUCACAGCAUUGGCUCCCUAUGUGGUGCUCAUCAUUUUAUUGGUGCGUGGCGUCUCCCUGCCCGGUGCUGACGAGGGCAUUAAAUACUACCUUACGCCGGAGUGGCACAAACUGAAGAACUCAAAAGUAUGGAUAGAUGCGGCCUCUCAAAUCUUCUUCUCGUUGGGUCCAGGCUUUGGUACUCUGCUAGCCCUCUCCAGCUACAACAAAUUUAAUAACAACUGCUAUCGAGAUGCGCUAAUCACGAGCACCAUUAACUGCCUGACCAGCUUUUUAGCGGGCUUUGUCAUCUUCUCCGUGUUGGGAUACAUGGCGUACGUGCAGAAAACGUCUAUUGAUAAAGUCGGCUUGGAGGGGCCUGGAUUGGUUUUCAUCGUAUAUCCCGAGGCGAUAGCGACAAUGAGCGGCUCCGUCUUUUGGUCGAUUAUAUUCUUCCUAAUGCUCAUUACACUCGGCUUGGAUAGCACUUUUGGAGGCCUCGAAGCCAUGAUAACAGCUCUCUGCGACGAGUAUCCGCGUGCCAUUGGCAGAAGGCGCGAACUUUUUGUUCUUCUCCUGCUCGCCUGCAUAUAUUUGUGCGCACUGCCAACAAUGACUUAUGGAGGUGUUGUGUUGGUGAACUUCUUAAAUGUGUAUGGUCCAGGACUGGCCAUACUCUUUGUUGUGUUUGUGGAAGCGGCGGGAGUCUUUUGGUUUUAUGGAGUCGAUCGCUUCAGCUCCGACGUGGAGCAAAUGUUGGGCACGAGGCCGGGCAUAUUCUGGCGCGUAUGUUGGGCUUACAUUAGUCCAGUAUUUCUGCUGACCAUUUUCAUAUUCUCCAUACUUGGCUAUGAGGAAAUGUUAGGCGAGGAGUAUUACUAUCCGCCGUGGACCAUUAAAGUUGGCUGGGCAGUCACCUGCUCCUCUGUGAUGUGCAUACCCAUGUACAUGAUAUAUAAGUUCUGCUUUGCAUCGAAAGGCGGAUGUCGAGAACGUCUGAAUGAGGCAUUUAAGCCAGACGCAAGCUGUGGAUCUGUAGUGCCCGGACAGCAAGGCACUUCGGUGUGACAUGACAAUGCUGUGCAUUUGAAGAUACACACCAACAAAACAAAUAUUAAAAUCUAUAAUUUAAAUUGUAAAAGCUUUUCACCAACAACUACAACACCAACAACAACUACAACAACAAUCAGUCAUAAUCGUAGAAUUGAUGAAGCUUCAAGAUACAAUAAUUUGGUAGACC